GUUUAUCGAGGUCUCCGACGUUGUGCUCCAUUGGUUCUGCCUGUAGAGUGGGCCAAGCCUGUGAAGCAAAGUGAGAGGGGGCGGGGCCUGUGCUGGAGCCGGCUGAUCCGUAGCGUCGGUACUGGGCGCUGAGAGGAGACUGCGGGGCCGGAGGUGGAGCAUCAUGGCUUCCCACAGAUCCAGUAUGACGUCUAUUCUAUGCUGCCUGGUGUCCUCCUUGUUCUUCCUAUCGGCACUGGCUGAGGAACAUCUGCACCCCCAUGUAGAAGAGGGGGAGCAUGGGGGGGCUCGCUUUGGAAAGAGCGUAGUACAAGACAAAGACCACAUCAUGGAGCAUUUAGAUGGAGUCGUUGACAAACCAGAAACUGAAAUGUCACCCCAAGAGCUGCAGCUUCACUACUUCAAGAUGCACGACUACGACGGCAACAACCUCCUGGAUGGGCUUGAGUUAGCAACUGCCAUUACCCACGUGCAUAAGUCUGCCGAAGAACCAGUUCAGACGAUGAAGGAGGAAGAUCUAAUUAGUCUAAUCGAUGAUGUUUUAAGGGAUGACGACAAAAACAACGACGGCUAUAUCGACUAUGCUGAGUUUGCCCGGUCGCUGGAAUAGAAACUGUGAACUUUGCUUUUGUUUUUUGUACCAAAUGUGAUUGGGUUUGUCAGUUUGUCCAUUCUGCUGUGUGUCGGCUCCUAAUUUAUAUGCGUUGCCAUUCAGCAUCUGCUCUAUAUGUUCAAUGUACAUUUGUUCCCUGAAUGUCAAGCGACAGGGUAAAUGUAUUUUUUUGUGUUUGGAAUAUUUAUAUUAAAAGUCGUGCAAGUGGCCCCACCCCCUCUUCAAAAAUAUGUUCCUGGUUCCAAUUGGGCCGGCUGGGAUCCUGAUUAUUUUUUAUUCAGUUUCCCUUUCACUGAGGAAUAAAGCAGUGGGCUAAAUGCAUAACUUUAGUUUAAAAAAGGUAUUUGUUUUUAAUCCUUAAAGGUAAACCUUUAAAAUAAGUGAAUGUAGAAUUGAUUCUAAGAAAUUUUGCAUUGUACAUUCAUUAUUUAUUUUGUUUUUAUUUCAAGAUAUUAAGGGAUACAUGUAGUGAUGUGCGCACCCGACCCUAACCUGCCCUCCCUCCCUCCACCCGCACUCGCCCGACUUCUGGCAUCCAUUUAUAGACCCGCCCACUGAUGACGUCACAAAAGGGGAGGGGCAAUCAGGCGUGCGUGUAUAUAAAAGGAAGCCGUCAGCCGACACCUACAAAAGGGGGUGCGAGGUCGCCCAAACCGGCCCGCGGGUAUAAGGCCAGCCCACACAUCACUAGAUACAUGUACCAUCAAUAUGAAUAAAUUUGUUAUAACAGCGCCACCUGCUGGUCAGUUUCCCACCAGUCUGACCAGCAAGUAGUCAAGGAAGUUGUCAGGAGAAAGAAAGAGGCUGAUGUUCUUCUGCUUAGGAAUACAAUUAGAAACCUCUCUCACAUCUUUCCUAAGCAGAAGAACAUCAGUCUCUUUCUUUCUCCUGACAACUUCCUUGACUACUUGCUGGUCAGACUGGUGGGAAACUGACCAGCAGGUGGCGUUGUUGUAACAAAAUUCAUUGAUAUUAACAGCACAUCCCUUAAUAUCUUGGAAUUAAAGAAACAUAAAUAAUGAAUGUAUGUGAUUAGACUAGCCUCCUCAUCAAUUUUACAUUCACGUUUUACUUUAAUUCAUGGCCAUUAUAAGUGUAAUAGCUUAAUAAGCUACUCCUAAAAAAA